AUGCCACAUUCGAUCAUUCUCCAUUCAAGUUUUCGAGUCCCUAACGUCAGAACUCGAUGCUCACCCCACCGGUUAUGGUCAAACCUUGAAUUCUUCAUCAGUCGGAUCAAACCCAAGAAAACUCCUCACGCUCUUGAGACGACAAGCUCUCACCUUGAGGUGCCGAGAAGAAGCAGAGCUCACGGUCUUUCACGAAGGAGAACAAGAGCCGAGGACGAGCCAAAGACAUGGUCAAGAAGAGCUCGUGAAAUACGGACCGCGAAGCGUGUUCCAGAGUUCGAUACGCAGCGACUUCUCGCUACAGACUUCCCAGGCAAUCUCAAGAGGAUUUCGGUGAUGAGAUCAGUUGAGAUCGUCUCUGAGUUUUCUUCUUUUGCAUUCGUCGUUGAGGUCGAAGAAGAAGGUCGAGAGACGUACUGCCGCCGCUGUGUUUUCAUGCUAGAUCCUCUCGUCGGCUACUACACUUUGAAAGCAACAACAUUUAGAAUCCAAAUGUACAGUUAA